AUGAUCAUCGUACUCGAAGGCGGCAAAGUAGCAGAGAAAGGAAGCUUUGAGGAUUGUCGAAAGGCUAGGGGCUAUGUCUCAAGUCUCAUGUCCACCAACACCGAAGACCAAGACGAGAGCACCUCCGAGUCAGAAAAGCUUGCAGAUAGGACCGCAAGUGACGCCCCGGUGGAGAAGAGCACCAAGGUAUUGAAAGACCAGGAAGACAAGAGACGACAGCUUGGCGACUGGAGCGUCUACGGCUACUACUUUGGUAGCGUCGGCGCUUUUCUCGUGGCCAUCUUGAUGGUCUUGGAGGUGACGUGGGCGUUCUUUUCCACUUUUCCGACCGUAUGGUUGAAGUUCUGGACGGACUCACAAGCGGAUAGUCCAGGGAGCCAUGAUGCCUACUACCUCGGGGUGUAUGCCGCCUUCCAGGUCAGCGGCGUCUUGUGCUUUGCCGUACUCAUCUGGUUCGUUCUUGUUCCUGUUGCUUCAAAGUCGGGUAUCAGUCUACACCAGCGUCUCCUCAAAGCCGUCAUGCACGCGCCCCUAUCUCUGUUCACGAAAACAGAUACAGGAUCCCUCACCACCAGAUUUUCGCAAGAUGUAGGUCUGAUAGACAGAAGCCUCCCCCUAGCUCUAGUAAUCUCUCUCGCAAGCUUCUUCACCUGCAUCGGCAAAGCAUUCCUCAUAGCUUCCGCCUCAUGGUACAUUGCCAUCAGCUUCCCCGUCUUGAUCCUCAUCUUCUACUACAUCCAACGCGCCUACCUCCGCACCUCCCGCCAACUCCGCCUCCUAGAUCUCGAAGAGAAAGCUCCCGUCUACACCCACUUCCUCGAAACCCUCUCAGGCCUGCCCACAAUCCGCGCCCAAGCCCUCACACACCCCUCCAUAACCCACGCCCACGCCCUCAUAGACCGCUCCCAACGGCCCUUUUACAUCCUACUCCUCACCCAGCAGUGGCUCACCCUCGUCCUCGACCUCACAACCACGGCGCUCGCCCUCCUAGUCGUCGGCCUCGCCGUCCAUCUCCGCGACACCGUCUCCGUCGCCCUCACGGGCGUCUCCCUCGUCCAGCUCAUCUCUUUUACAGAGACGCUCAAGCUGCUAAUCCAGUUCUGGACCUCGCUCGAGACCUCCAUCGGCGCGGUAGCCCGCAUCAAGAACUUUGCCGAGGAGACGCCGGACGAGGUCGAGGCGGAUGCUCUCACGAGGGGGCUGAUGAUGUCUCCGUCCGCCACUGGGGGGCAGCAAGACCCAGCUGCUGCCAUCGUCCACGGCUGGCCCUCCCGCGGCGCCAUUGAGAUAAACGACGUCGUGGCUUCAUACGAACAGCAGACGCACCCAGACACCGAUACCGACACCAUCACCACGAGAGCCCUAGACGGCAUAUCCCUCUCCAUCCCCCCCGGCUCCAAAGUCGGCAUCGUAGGCCGCACAGGAAGCGGCAAGUCCUCCCUCCUCCUCGCCCUCCUGCGCCUCCUCCCCCUCUCCUCCGGCACCAUCUCCAUCGACGGGGUCCCCCUCGACGCCUUACCUCUCCUACCCCUACGAUCGGUCCUCGUCGCCAUCACCCAGGACCACUUCGUCUUGCCGGGUACGGUCCGUCAGAACCUUGAUCCGCUGGGCCUAGUAUCCGACGCAGAUGCUGGCGUUGAUGCGGAUGCCGAAGCUGGUGCCGACGCCGAGAAUAUCCUCGUAUCCGUCUUGACCCGCGUCGGUCUAUGGGACACCAUCCGCGACAACGGCGGACUAGAAGCCCAAUUCGCCGAGGAGGCGCUGAGCCACGGACAGAGACAGCUCUUCUUCCUCGCAAGGGCGAUUCUCAGAAAAGAUGUCGGACGGGUCCUCCUCCUCGACGAAGCGACGAGCAGCGUCGACGCGCACACGGAGCGCAUGGUCAAGGACCUCAUCCGCGACGAAUUCAAACACCACACAAUCAUUGCCAUCGCCCACAGGCUAGACACGGUCGUCGACUUUGAUCGCGUCGUGGUUCUCGACAAAGGCCGCGUCGUCGAGGUCGGCAACCCUCGGGACCUGUUGAACCAGGGACGGGGCAAGUUCAGAGAGCUGUGGGAUGCGAGUCGGCGGCAGGCUGGCGGACAAGAUGAAUGA